UUGUUAGAAAUGGUUUUGUCAAAGGUGUUAGGUGACGUUCAACCUGAAAAAAUUUAUUAUGAUUUUCAUAAUAAAUUAUUUACAGCGUUGCGAGGGCGCUAUCCAGCGACAAGACUAAAAGGAACGCUUGAUGCAUACAGUCAUUUGUUGUAUGUCAAUGCAAUGGAGACAAUCGAUCUACGCGCAAGAAACGCAGUCCAUGAAAUUCGCAUCUUCACAAAAAUUUUGCUGCUUGCUUUGUUGCCUCCGCAACAAAUUGUAAAAGCUUUUGUACAAGUGGUUCAGAAUUUAAAUGAACAAAUGUUUCAAAAGUUUGAACUAUUUUGAUAUACUACUUGUCAGAAUGGCUCAACAAAGUCGGCCCGAGUAAUCUGUCAUUCUACAAUGAUGUAGAUGGCUUGUCAAAUUGCACUAGGAUUCAUUUUAAUCGCCUGCAGAACAUGAGUGGGGUCGCGCCUGAUACGUGGUCCUUCUUGGGUGAGUUAAAAUCAUUACUUUUUU